ACCCAUUGGCUACCUUUUUGUCGGAAGAACAAGAUUUUAGAGGGUGUCCCGAGGCCUGCUUAGGGUCCAAGCCCUCAUCAAGGCUCCCUGAGGCUGAUCAGAUUAAGCUGAUGUACGAGAACAUGAGAGUUAGGGUGGAGACUGUGGUUAAGAGUGGGAUAAUUAGCCAUGAUUAUAUCAAUAGCAAGCAGGAAUUGGAAGCUUUCAGCAGAUGGACUGAUGGAUUUACAUCUCAGAAUCAUCCUGCAGUGAUUCAGGUUUUGUUAGAGUGUGGUCAAGAUGAGGAUGUCAUGGGCCAUACGAUGCCCAACCUUGUUUAUGUAUCCAGAGGGAAAAGCAUCAAGUUACCCCACAAUUUCAAGGCUGGUGCUCUUAAUGCACUGCUUCGUGUAUCAGCCACCAUGACUAAUGCACCAGUGAUCCUGCCCCUAGAUAGCGAUAUGUAUUCCAAUGAUCCACAGACACCUCUUCGUGCGCUGUGUUAUAUCUUAGACCCCUCUAUGGAUCCCAAACUUGCGUAUGUUCAGUUUCCUCAGAUCUUCUAUGGGAUCAACAAGAAUGAUAUUUAUGGUGGUGAAGCCAGGCAUGGAAUGCUAAUUCAUCCCGCGGGAAUGGAUGGACUGAAAGGCCCUAUGUAUCUAGGUACAGGAGGGUUUUUCCAGAGAAAAGUUUUCUUUGGGGGCCCAUUAGAAACCUCUGAACUGACCCAGGAUCACAUAGCGAGCAAGUCGAUCAAGUCCAGGGAAAUUUUAGCAUCCGCCCACCAUGUUGCAGACUGCAAUUUUGAGAGCCAGACCCAAUGGGGCACCAAGGUCGGCUUUAGGUAUGGAUCACUGGCUGAGGACUUCUACACUAGCUAUAUGCUUCAAUGUGAGGGAUGGAAGUCCAUUUUUUGCCAUCCUACAAGGCCUGCGUUUCUGGGAAAUUCACCCAUCAAUUUGCAUGACUUUCUGAAUCAAACCAGGCUAUGGUCAAUCGGCCUCCUUGAAGUGGCCUUCUGCAAAUAUAGCCCAAUCACAUAUGGCACCCGCACCAUAAACCUUCUCAGUGGCCUAUGUUUUGCUUACUAUUCCUUAUGGCCCAUUUGGUCAAUUCCCAUUGCGAUCUAUGCCUUUCUCCCCCAGCUAGCUCUGCUUAAGCAUGUCUCGAUCUUCCCAAAGAUGUCAGAUCCCUGGUUUUUUGUGUAUAUAUUCUGUUUUCUUGGAGCUUACGGACAAGAUUAUCUCGAGUUAAUAAUAUCUGGGGGCACAACUCAAAGGUGGUGGAACAAUCAGAGAGCAUGGAUGAUGAGGGGGCUCUCGAGUUACUCAAUUGGGUCGGUUGAAUACAUCCUCAAGUCUAUUGGCAUUUCCACAUUCCAAUUCAGUGUGACAAGCAAGGCUGUGGGAGAGGAACAAAGCAAGCGAUACAAGAAAGGGAUGUUCGAGUUUGGAGUCGUAUCACCCUUAUUCUUGCCACUAACAACAGCAGCAAUAAUCAACUUGGUCUCAUUCCUAUGGGCCAUUGCACAAGUCUUCGGGCAAGGAAGCAUUGAAGGUCUACUUCUGCAGAUUUUGUUAGUUGGUUUUGCAAUGGUGAACUGUUGGCCCAUAUAUGAAGCCAUGGUGUUGAGGGCUGAUGAAGGAAAGAUGCCAGUGAAGAUCACAUUGAUCUCAAUUGUCCUUGCAUGGGCUCUUUACUUGGUAUCUUCCAUAGCAUUUUAAGAUAUGGUGACUGUAAUUUUCUCACUGUUUCUUUAAUCAUUUCCUUGGUACCAUAAUGUAUGAUUAAAGAUCUUGUUUUAAGAUCACUAAUUGCUCAGUAAUUCAAAUCAUCAAAAUGAAAGUCAUCUAAUAAAUGAAGCUUUCUUUU